UAUAGCAGACAGCGGCGGCAGUUGUGUUGUAGUAGCCCUGACAUUGCGCCUGCGUUGGAGCACGCGUUGGAUACUAUCGCACACAUACACGUUAACGCACGCAUAGCAGAGCGACGACGACGAAGCGUCUCUCGUAUCGACUAUCUUUGGGCAGUCGCACCGGUGCUGCUACGAUCGAGCCGCAGAGAAAACAACUGUUCCCAGAGCCGGUGCUGCACUAGCUCCAAAAACUCCGGAGAUUCGAGCGAGAGAGAGAGAGAGAGAGAGCUGCACUGCACAUGAUUUCAAGCUGACUCCGGACUUGAACUCCAUAGAGACACGACACACACGCACAGACUGCCUGCAAACAUGGUCGAGCUAACGUGCUGGGAAAAGAUCGCGAUCGUCGUGGUGGCGGCCGUGGGCCUGCGGCUCUUCGUCAAGCUCAGCGUCGUCGCCUGGAAGAAGCUCAUCGCGCCCAAUCUGCCGGGCCUGGCGAUCGACCUGCCGAGCCAGGGCAAGUGGGCCGUGGUCACCGGGGCCACGGACGGCCUCGGCAAGGCCUUCGCCCAGGCGCUGGCCAACAAGGGCAUGAACAUCGUGCUGGUGUCGCGCUCGCUCGCCAAGCUCCAGGAGACCGCCGCCGAGAUCAAGCAGGCCUACGGUGUCGAGGUGCAGUACGUCGAGGCCGAUCUCACCGGUGGACUGCCCGUUUACCGGAAAAUCGGCGAGGCUAUCAAGGAUCUCGAGAUCGGUGUGCUGGUGAAUAACGCCGGCAGGAGCUACGACCAUCCCGAGCUGUUCACCCACGUGGACGAGGAGACGAUCUACAAGAUCAUCCAGCUCAACGUGGCCGGACUCACCGGGGUGGCGCGUCAGGUUCUGCCCGGCAUGAUGGAGCGUCGCCGAGGCGUCGUGAUCAACAUCGGCUCGGCCGCGGGUGCCAUGCCCAGCCCCUACCUGGCCGUCUACGCGGCCAGCAAGAUGUUCGUCGACAAGCUCUCGGCCGAUCUCGCGGCGGAGGCCGCCUCCCGAGGCGUCACCGUGCAGUGUAUCCUGCCCGGCCCGGUGGCCACCAAGAUGUCCAAGAUCAGACGAGCCACGUGGAUGGCACCGACGCCCGAGCGCUUCGUCGAGGCCACGCUGAAGACCUGCGGCAUCGAGCAGCGCACCAGCGGCUAUCCACCGCACAGCAUCAUCCUCGGCACCGUCAACGGACUGCAGUCGAUCUGCGAGCGCUGGGCCGUCUGGCUCGUGUCGCGCACCAUGCUCAACAUUCGCGGCCGGGCGCUGCGCAAGAAGAUGAAGGAGGCCGAGGGGGCCAACGGCAGGGACGAGGCCGAGCAGCCGCUCGAGCAAUGAUAAGAGAGAAAGAGGACAGCUGUGAAGACCUAGACUGCAGUGUGUAUGUGCGCGUGAAGUGUGUGUGUGUGUGUGUCGCGAUUGUUGUCUUCGCCUGUGAUUUUCUGCUGAAAUUUCUACUCGCAAGUGUGUGUGUAAUGUAACGAUGAAUAUUAAUGUAAGAUUCUGCCGCUAGAAUUAUACAGUUGGAACCCCGCACACUCCGAGGUUUCAACUUUCAUUUUACAAUUUUUUUUUUCAUCACUUUUCUCCAGCUAUAAGUACAACAAUGGAGCAGCGCAUUGCUAUAUACCUAUACCUCGGCAGGCAAAUCGAGGAUAAGGUUUCUUUUUCUCAUUUCAUCGCGUAAGCGUAGUAACGUGGAAAAAAACUCCUUAUCCCGUAUUGAAAAGUAAUAUUUUCCUCUUUUUUUCUUUUUGCUCGAGGUCGAUUCGUCGAAAUUCGCCGUCGAAUUCGUCGAUGCGAUUGCACUUGUGCGGUGCGCGGUGGCACACGCAUUUUCCUCAGAAAUGUCUAUGUGAAAUCGAUUUCCUCCUUAUUCCUACGUAACUUUGGUCUUACACGAUUCGCAUAAAUACACGCAUAUUAUAUAGAAUACGUAUAUAAGAGAGCGCAUGACGACGAGAAACGCACCCGCAGGUAGAAUUUAAUGUUGCCAAAAGAACGACGUCGAUACUCGCGCGUCGUUCGCGUAUAUAAUUGUUUGUUUGUUACUACAUGAUGAUAAUUAAAAUCGACGCCCUUACGACGUCAAAGAGCACCGCACGGGUUUACGCGUUACGCAAGAGAGAAACGUGCGGUGCUCUUUGUAAAGGGAACACCCGUCGAAAUAUAUAUAUAUUACGCAGAUGUUACAUUUGUAUAUUGAUAAUUGUUAAAUAUUGCUAUGUAUAUCUUUGUAAGAGAAGAGCUCGUCGUUCUUUUUUUCUUUCACAAAAGCGACGAAGAGUCAUUGUAAAAGAAAAAUCCAAAAAAAUAAAUAAAUAAAAAGUUGCUGCGGAAAUUGUAAAACGAUACACUUUAUCGAGCGAA